AUGCCUAGAUAUAAUCAGAAGACGUCUGUUACCUCUUCGAUAACCUCCAGAAAAUAUUCAACUCCAACAGGAGGAAUAAAUUCUAAAUCUGGUGCUUAUAGAAAAAAUAGUAAAUAUCAAUCAACAAGUAUAAGUAGGAAGAUGUCUGCUCCAGUUCAAAAGCAAAGAGACGAAAAAAGAAAGUUAUCUUCAACAAAGUCAUCCCAAAGCCACAAAACAUCAACUAUAUCAUCUAAUAGUAGACAAACUCAGGCAUCAAAAAAUUGUUGUGGAUCUCUUUCAUAUGCCUUAUAUGAUAUAGGACAAGAAUCUAAUACAGUUCUUGAAUUUAUUUCACAUUGUUUAUCAUCAAUGUUUCCUCAUAAAAUUAUGACAUUCAUCUACAUAAUUCUUCUAAUAUUUUCAUCACUCUCUGCAUACUUUGGAUUAUUGUACAUAAAUAAAUGCCCUAUUAAACCAGAAAUAUCAAUAUACCUUUUAACUAAUGGCAUUUUAUCAAUCCUUCAACUUUCUCUUUUUUUAAUGCACCAUCGUCGACGGUAUCAUGAUGAUUUUGAAGAUCCUAGUGAAAAUACAACAUUUUCUCAUUAUAAUAAUACUUCAACAUUAAGUCAAAGAAGAAGUUACUCUGCUGGUACAUCAACAAAAUUAAUAGUUUACUUAAUAUGGAUCCUCCUCCUGGGAUCAUUUAUCAUUGGUAAUGUUGUUGUAUUAAGUGUCUAUAGACCACCAGCAAAGCAAAAUGAAAGAAGUCUUGAUCCAACAAACUGGUGUAAUGAAUAUGUUUAUAAUUGGGCACUCAUACAAAUAUUUUUUAUUCAUUCUAUUAUCAUUUUAAGUAUUAUUCUUAUUAUUGUACUUUUUAUACUUUCUAUUAAGUUUAUGCUUAUGAGUACCACUGAUGUAACAGUAGAAGGUGGGGGUACCGGUGAUGUUUUAAAUCAAUGGGUUUAA